GCCAGUUCAGAAUAAUGCAACGCAGACAUCAGAUGUAAUUAUUCUUGAAUGACAUUGUCAGCCACCUCAAACUAAARAAAUGGCUGCUGCUAGACCUCCGUCUUCAUGCUUYGUUCUGCGGAUUCUCCUUCUUGUUGUUUAUUUCAAUCUUUCACUUCCUUACGUACUGAAAACAUGCACCAUACGUUACGAGGAGAAUCCCUCCGCUGGCGUGGCUUUGGACUGUGCGAACAGGAAAAUCGAAAAUGUCCCCAAAGACAUCCCCAAAGACGCCGUUUCACUGAACCUGAACAACAACUGGAUGCAGAAAAUUAAUGAAGGAGAUUUUUCUGGCAUGUCAAAGUUGAGAAUUCUGGAUUUAACAUCAAAUCAAAUUUCUCAAGUGGAUGAAGGGUCUUUUAUCGAUCUGAUGUUUCUACAAACUCUCUGCAUGGGAAAUAACAAACUUAAUGUCCUGAUGAGCAACGUGUUUCAGGGUCUGUCUAACCUUACGGUGCUUUUUCUCAACAACAACGGUAUUCAGGUCAUUCAUACAACAGCUUUCCAGUUCCUCACUAGCUUACAAAUUCUAGAUUUAGGAAACAACAGGCUUCGACAGAUCACCGACRUUCAGCCCAUYCUACAGUUACCUCAAAUCAYGAUGCUUGGACUUAAAUGCAACGGGUUUUCAUCCUUUGAGACCAAAGACCUGCUGCUGAAUCAGUCGUCAAAUCUCAAAGAGUUGGAUAUUUCUGGUGAUUCCCUGACAAUUUUCAGCAUCUCUACACCCGUCUUUCCUUACCUCCAGAAAAUAGAGAUCUCUAUGUGUUUUUGUUACAAAGACCUGCAAUGGGAAAUCCCUGACAAACAGUUACUKGGGAACAUAUCGUAUUUAUAUCUYGGGAGAUCUAUUCUUUCUUUCGAAGGGAUCACAAAAGUCCUGGAGAGUCUUGACUCUUUACGCCAUCUAAGACUAGAAGCCCUGAAGAUGCAUGUUUACGAAGGACUGCUAUCYACAAUUUGCAAAAUACCAACACUGAAGAAGCUGGAUUUGUUUAACAGUCAUAUCAAGAAUUUGCCUGUUAAACUUGCACUCUGUUCUCAACUCACAGAGCUUGACAUGAGAAAAAGUGAUGUAGACGAACUGCCUCAAGGGUCACUGGRGUCAAUGAAGCAUCUCCGAUCGCUAAACGUUUGUGACAAUCAGCUAACCCAAGUUCCACAUGAUGCGAGAAGUCUCCGUUCCCUCGAGAUCUUUAACCUGAAUUACAAUUACAUAUUAGAGUUGACCUGUGAGGACUUUGUGAACACAACACAACUGAGAGAGCUUUACCUGAAGAGAAAUCGCAUUAGCCAAGUGGAUUACUGUGUUUUUCUAAAUCUUGAAAACCUAAAGCUUUUGGAUCUGAGUUUUAAUCAACUGAUGACAUUUGAAAACAACAUUUUCUUGCCAAAGCUUGAAAUUUUAAACAUAAACCACAAUGAAAUAGCUUUCUUAAAAAUACUUGAUUUUCUUGGUUUCCAAUCCCUGAAACAGUUGGAUCUAGGAACAGCUUUCUUUGAUGGGAUGACACAAAGAUCAUUUCAUGAAGACAAUAAGAAUUAUAUUUCAUCUCGUGACAGAAUAUGGGAAUUAAAGCUCUUGGAAAAUUUAACAAUAGAACUGAAUCCUGAAAACCUUUUCAGCAGUCUUCAAACAAACUAUUCUAGAGAUAUCGUGGUCUUUAAAUCAAUGAAAAGAUACACAGCGAUCUGCAACAUUUUUUGCUUUCCACAUCAACUAGCAGAUAUACACAGGUCUAUGAGAUAUUUGGAGAAUUUUACAGCUGUCAACGUCUUUAUUGAAGCUCCUACUGUAGACAUGUUUUGGUUCAAUCCCGAUCUCAAGAGUGUGACAUUCAUAGAGACUGAUUUUUCAGACGCGGGUCCAGAACUCUUCCUUCCAAUCCCAAACCUGCACAGYCUUGAGCUUUCCAAAUGCAACAUCAGCUCUUUAGAUUUUCUGGUGAAGGCCAACCUUACAGCACUCAGAUUCCUGAAACUGACUGACAAURAACUUUCUAUAAUUAAUGACACUGUGCUCAAGUCUUUCCCAUCUCUAACGUACUUGGACCUGGACAACAACCCGUUCACCUGUAACUGCUCAAACGCACACUUUAUCCAAUGGGUGAAGAACAACAAGCAGACACAGGUGGUAAACGCUCAUCAAUAUAAAUGUUCCUCRUCUGUGGAUAAACGAGAAAGUUUGUUACUAGAAUUUGACGUUCAUUUGUGCUGGGACGAUGGCAGAUUUUUCUACUUCAUUUCCAGCACUUGUCUGGUUGUUCUGACUCUUCUCACAUCGUUCAUCUAUAACUUCCUAUGGUGGCAUCUCACCUACACCUUCCACCUCUUCCUGGCCUAUUUCUAUGAUAGUCAGAGAAGGAAAAAGGAAGUUCUUCAUCAGUUUGAUGCCUUCGUGUCCUAUAACGUCCACGAUGAGGGCUGGGUUUACAGAGAGAUGCUCCCAGUGUUGGAGGGACAGCAGGGCUGGAGACUCUGCCUGCACCACAGAGACUUCCAACCAGGUAAACCCAUCAUAGAGAACAUCACUGAUGCCAUCUACGGCAGCAGGAAAACCAUCUGUGUGAUCAGCCGCAGCUACCUGGAGAGUGAAUGGUGCUCCAGAGAGAUCCAGAUGGCCAGCUUUCGUCUAUUCGACGAGCAGAAAGAUGUUCUGAUUCUGCUGUUUUUGGAGGAGAUUCCUGCUUGUCAUCUGUCUCCACAUUACCGCAUGAGGAAGCUGGUGAAGAAGCGCACCUACCUGAGCUGGCCUCAGGCUGCAGAACAUCCAGGAGUUUUCUGGCAGAACGUCCAGAGAGCUCUGCAGGCAGGGGACUCAGCAAACAUGGACCUGCUGACAGGACCGGCCGGAUGCUGAGAGAGAGCUGCAAGUGUUAACUGGAAACAACCAAUCAGAGCCAGUGGGAGGGACUUGGCACCGUCAGUCAUGCUCACCCCAAACCCCUAUUGCUCUCUGCUCCAUGUUAUGUUAUGACACCUUUAACCUCCUGAAGAUGCACCAAUAAGAGCUUUUUGCUAAUCAGUCUUGUAACCUUUGACAUGUUAUUACCUCCUUACCAGUUUUUUUUUCUCAGAGAGGACGGUAUUAUGUAAAAUUUACUUUUUUUAUCCUUACAUCGUGCUAUGUUAUUUUGUUUUUAAAAUGUGAUAGGAGUGUUGUUUUGAUUCUUUCAUGCAUGUUUGAGACAUCCUUCCAGUAGCCACCAUGUGAGACGCUUGGUCUCACAAAGCUCCGCCCAUUUCCACAAAGCUCCGCCUAUUUACACAAAGCUAUGCACAUUUCCACAAUGCUCCUUCUUUCCCCCUCUCUGUUCCUCCAGACUAGCGGCAGCAGCAACUAGUAAACAAUUGUAAACGGCAUAAUGGAGUAGCACUGUUGUAAAGAUGUGCUGAAGGCGGCAUUCUGGAAAAACCAGAGCUUCUUAAAGAGACAGAGGCCAAUUUCAAGGCAUCAGUUUGCAAAGUCAAAUUUCUGUUAAGUCAUGUUUAAUAUAUACAGCUUAUUUAUAACAACUGAAGGUAACAUAGUUAUUACUUUAUUGUGCUUUAAAAUGGCCCCAUAUGCUAAUAUGAGAUAUUUUAUUUCUGAUAUGGGCAUAGAUGAAUGCUAUGCUAUUUGUGUUAUUCUGAGAGGAACUGAAAACAAUCGGUGUUGCUGAUCUUGUGACUCUCAGUUUCUCAGAGACGAUUAGGAACUCUAAGGUAAAUAAGAAGCAACAAACAGGAAGUGGCUGCAUAUCAGGAGGCAAAAGUCAGAUUUUAGACAUCCCAGAAUAAAUAUCGUCACACCCACCUUAUCAACCUCAUGUUCCCUUUUUCAAUGCGAGAUGGUUUCCUAUUCGGGUUGCGAGUUCUGCUUCUGUUUUUAGAUUUUUGCACCACUGUGAAAUUUUAGACAUAAAGAGCUCAUCUGUAAACCAAUAAAAGUUGCUUACUCUAAAGAUAAUAAUCUUUUUUCUUAUACAUUAAGUCUGUGGUUAUUUAAAAUUAUUCUGUAAAUUUUUAUUUCUUUUUAGUUUUAUUGGUCUCAUCUUUUCAAGCACCUCAGAAGACCUUAAUGCUACUUAUAUUUUACUUGCCUUAUUUGCAUCAUAUCUUCAGUGAAAACAAUUUGUUCUGUGUUUUAAUAAAUAAACUUCCUUUUAUUUUUAGUAUUAAUUUGAUAAUACAUUAAAUACAAAACCUUU